AUGAAUGCCAGUGAAAAUAAAAAUUUCACGUUAAAUAAAAAAUUUGCUGGUUGUAUCCCGCUCAAACAGUUGUUUGGAUUUUGUGAAGAUUAUAAAAAAAUACUACUCAACUGCAACCAACAAAUCAUUUUAAAUUUUAAAUUAAACAGAUCGUCUACGGACUCUGAUGCGUUGUACGUUUCCGAGACCACUGCGAAUGACAAUAUAGAAAAACUCAAAAAAGUAGUGAUUGAGCUGUGUAAAAUAUUUUGGAAGAUGCCGGUUAUCAGGGUGAGUGACAAAGAAAAAAUAAAACUAUUAAAAGUAUUAGACUCUCGUAAACAACUUUCGUGUGCGUUCAGAAAUUGGGACUUGUGCGAAUAUCCGGUUCUCCCUCAGAACACUUCUCAUUCGUGGACGGUUAAAUCGAGCAGUUUGCUCGAGAAACCCAGAUUUGCAUUAAUUGGCUUUCAAACAGAUCGAACAAAUAAUUUAUUUAAUCCAUCUGGACGAUUCGAUCACUGUUACCUGAAAAACCUUAAAAUACAYCUAAAYUCUGAAGUGUAUCCAUACGAAGAUUUCCGUUCAGAUUUCACAAACAACGUUACGGCACUUUAUAUAAAGCAUAUACAGAUUUCCAAAAAUCAUACUACGAUAGAGAAUAUAGUGAGCCUCUACUGUCAAAAACCAUUUUUGAACAAUACGUACCAAUCAUAG